UUGACGUAAGACUUUUGGCAUUACUACAAAAAUUACAAAGUACUGAUUAACACUAUGCUCGCCGCAGUAUUUGCGAAACUAUCCUUACUAUUUGGAAUUUCAAAAGCGGCUUACUACAGUUUCCAAGCAAUUCAAGCAUCCAACGAAGAGGAGAGCAAAAAAUGGCUGACUUACUGGAUAACUUUUGGAACUUUCUGCUGCAUAACCUCAAUUACUGACUUCAUUUUCGGUUGGAUUCCCCUUUACUACGAGUUCAAGGCGAUUUCUGUUAUGUUGCUGCUAUCGCCUACGACAAAUCGCGCCGUUCUGUUCUAUCAGCGAUGUUUAGAACCGUUUCUGAUAGACAACGAAGAAGGAAUUGGCGCAAUUGUGAGCAUUGCGGAAAAUACGUGCGCGCACUUUGCAGAGGACGCCCUGAAUCUUGCAAAGCGCAUGUUGAAGAGUGUAAUAAGAAAAUUUCUAAUACCAUUCUUUUGUGUACAGUCUGACGAAAAGCCAGUAAGCAAUCAGGUUGUAAGCGAACUCGAUCACUUAACUGAACCUGAUUAUCUGGACAACGAGUAUAGAAAGUUUGUUGAUCACCAAAAACAAAUGGAACUGUUAUCAAAUAUCAAAAAAGAUGCAAUUAACACGAAUUUGUUUAAUCAGAUUGAUGCCACAAUUAACUGUUUAGAAAACUAACAUG